CUUCCUUCAGCCCAGCAUCUCCUAAACUCUCCUUAAUCUUCUGCAGCCGUCCUCAAAUUCAGUCCAACCUCACGAUGGCAGCUCAAGAGUACUUCGGUGGUAGCAGUGCCACCCCCGCCAACCCUGAUCGCCGUCAGCAGAACCCCUCUCCUUGGUCAUCCCCGGCCGUCGACACUCCCAGUUCCACCGGGUACGGCUCGUAUCCUCCAUCCGUCGAAAACGGCCAGGACCGAUACGGCGCCUCUUCUCCCUACCCCCCUCAGGGCGCUGGUGGCUACAACCGACCCUACAGCCCGUACCAGCCACACUCGCCUCAACCCGGCUACCAGAACCCCGAAUACUCAUCCUACGGUGGACGCCCACCCUACCCACAGCACGAGCAGCCUUCGCCAUACGGCCAGCCACCCUCCGAGUCCAGACCCUACCCGCCUUACCCUCAGCAUGAAGGGUACCCUUCCCACCAGCAACCCCCUCCUUACUCCCCCGAGUCGUCCACCGACCCCGCCGCAGCCGGUGAAGGCGACAAGGGUAUCAUGGGCGCCCUCGCUGGUGGUGCAGCUGGCGGUUUCGCAGGACACAAAGUUAACCACGGCUUUCUCGGCACCAUUGGCGGAGCCAUGAUGGGCUCGGUAGCCGAAGACGCAGUGAAGAAGCACAAGGAGAAGAAAGAGCACGAGGAAGAAGAACGUCGGCGCAUGGAAGAGCGUCGCAGAAUGGAGGAGCACUACAGAAUGGAAGAACAGCGUCGCAGGGAUGAACAGCAGAGGAUGUCUCAGCAGCACCACCACCGACCUCCUCCGCAUCACGGCGCGCCUCUACGCGGAAACUUCUCCGCUUCGUCCCGGGAUAUCCGCCUUGAGAGCCACCAUGAUCUAGUGGCAGCCUGUGGACGGGUCUCGGGAGAGUUGCAGCUCUCGGUACUUCCGUUGAAUAGUGUGUUGGCCAACCACUGGGGAAAGUUCGCGUGGGAGCGGAAUGGAAACUUUGCUGCGUCGGCUAGGAAUGUUCGCUUGGUUGAUGGGGGACGUGUGCUGGAGGCGGAGUUGGCGGAUGGGAACGAUGGCUGGAAUCGGACCUGGAUACGUCUGGAUGAGAGGAUUACGAACCAGAACGGCCAGCUGAUGUUCCUGGAUUAGAUGUGAUAAUGUGGUUUGCUUUGAGCGUUGCUUUGCACGAGAUAAAGAUUUUAUUUUACCCACGCUCAACUUGACGUGGUGAUUUGCACUGACUGGACUGGUUUCCACACUUUCAGUUGUCUACUCCAUUGCUCUUAGCGCAGUAUGCAGUCGCGUCGUUAUUCACAAUGGAUUUAAUACUUUGCUUUAUCAUUACUCCGCUUUUUCUAUAUUAUCGACCGG